AAAAAAAAAAGUCUAGAGGUCAGAGUCAAGAGGUCAGACAUACAUGACGCAACAUCUGAUAUUGUUCUAUUGGCCUUGAGAAAACAAACUGUCAUCUUGUGGAGGUGGCCAUGAGGCCGGAAAUGGUGGGUGGCCUCUAGCUGCUGAGAGUGGCCUUGGCUUACAACCGGCACGAAAGUGGGGACCCCAGUUGUACAAUCAAAAGGAACUGACUCCUACCAAAAACAGCUUGGAACAGGACCCUGAACUUUGAUAGUCUGCUAGACCCUGAGCAGAGACUUUAUCCAAGCUGAGACCAGACAUCUGACCCACAGCAGUAUGACUAAUGAAUGGGUGUUAUUUUAAGUCACCAAGUUCAUGGUAUCUCUACACAACAAUAGAAAACAAUUACAAUUGUUUUCUUUGGUUGCUGUGCAUAUCAUUCCAAGUUAGAGAUAAACCUAAAACAUCUCAGUAGCUUAGUACAACACAAGUUUCUUUUGCUCAUGCUAUCUCAUUGUCAUUGGUCAGCUGUGUGAGACUGUGGACGGCUCGCUGUAGCCACUUGAAGACAUUUUCAAAAGAGAAUUCAUGAAGACCAUCUGUUAGAUUGUUUUGACAUGAGUGCUGGGGUGGGAAAUAGAUGUUUCUCCUACUUAACAGAAGGAGAAAGACAUGCAGAGACAACUGAGUGGAUCCAUGGAUGGAAGUAGAUAGACCUCAGCCUCCUAUCAGGAUAACUUGAUCAUCCUAUGUGGCCGCUGUCAAUAAACAAGGGCUCAGAGAAAGAGUGCUGGAGGGUAGGCACCAGAAAUGAAAUGCUUAGUGAUCCAUAUCCUUCCUACUUACUUUACGUGGCUAUAACCAGUCAUGUGACUAUGCCUAACUUCAAGGGUACAGAGAAGUGAAAUUCUGUGUGUAUCCAAAGUAGAAAAGUUCCAGAUAUUGGUCAGCGUGAGUCUGUCUACCACAGCAUGUUGCUCAGGUUGGGAGAAAGCAGGAUUUCAGACCGUCCAGCUUCAUAGAUCUCUUCUUGACAAGGCGGCUGGGCAUCGCAGGGCUGAAAACAGCCAGAGGGGUUAGUGUGUGAAUGGAAUGCUUGACCCCAGACACAGAGGACAGCAAAGGACUCCCUGAUUAGGGGGUGCUGAACCUGAGAUCACCUCCCGUGUCCUUCAGAAGUUGCUGGAAACAAUGUUCGUCAUGUACGUGUUGAUAAUCGGCGUUUAUUCCUUCACCGUUCAGCCUGAGGAACACACAGUGGCUGCAGGAAACUGCCAGUUUCUUGGCAAGCAUUUCAAAACUGACUUCAAAGUGGAAGGGGAGCCUGUGGUCCUGAAGUGCCCCCAGGUGCAGUAUUGGUUGUGGGAGUCUGUCAGCCCCCACGUCAACGUGACAUGGCAUAAAAAUGAUUCUGCUAGAACGAUUCCAGGGGAAGAAGAGACACGAAUGUGGGUCCAGGAUGGUGCUCUCUGGAUCUUGCCAGCCUUGCAAGAGGACUCUGGCACCUACCUCUGCACUGUCAGAAACACGUCUUACUGUGAUGAAAUGUCCACUGAGCUCAGGGUUUUUGAGAAGACAGAAGCUUCCCUGCCUUUCAUAUCAUACCCGCAAAUUCUUACGUUGUCAACCUCUGGGUCCUUAGUUUGCCCUGAGCUGAGUGAAUUCAUCCGUAACAAAAUGGACAUGAAGAUUCAGUGGUACAAGGAUUCUGUCCUUUUGGAUCAAGACAAUGAGAAGUUUCUAAGUGUGAGGGGAACCUCUCGCUUACUCAUACAUAAUGUGUCUGUGGAGGAUGCGGGUUAUUACAGCUGUGCCAUGACAUUCGCCCACGAAGGCAUGCAGUACAACGUGACUAGGAAUAUUGAACUACGUGUCAACAAAAAAGAAGAGGAGACAAUUCCUGUGAUUAUCUCCCCCCACCAGACCAUCUUAGCUUCACUGGGGUCAAGAUUGACAAUCCCAUGUAAGGUGUUUCUGGGAGCUGGCACACAUUCGACCACCAUGCUGUGGUGGAUGGCCAACACCACCAGCAUAGAGAGCGCGUACCAGGGAGGCCGUGUGACCGAGGGGCAGCGCCAGGAAUACUCGGAAAAUAACGAGAACUACAUUGAAGUGCCACUGAUUUUUGAUCCAGUCAUAAGAGAGGAUUUGAACACGGAUUUUAAAUGCGUUGUGCGCAACACACUGAGUACUCAGAUGCUACGUACCACGGUCAAAGAAGCUACCACAUUCUCCUGGGGGAUUGCGCUGGCCCCCCUCUCCCUGGUCUUCUUGGUUUUGGUGGGAAUAUGGAUGCACAGACGGUAUAAACACAGAACUGGAAAAACAUAUGGUUUGACCACGUUAAAGACUGGCCCUUAAGAUUUUCAAUCUUACACGAGUGAAAUAAAGGCAAUAAAACAAUUCAAA